UGCUUGUCUGUUGUGCGGUCUGUCGUCCAGUGGCCACUCACAACAAACAGCAAUCGCAGAUUCUCCAAUCCCCCCUCCCCCAUACACACUCUACAAUUCCCGAAUCAUAUACAUAUUGUUUCAAUCACAAUGUCAGGGUGGAUGUCCUACUUCACAGGUCGCAAAGACACUCGAGAAUCAGCUCGAGAUGCCAUUGUCGGCCUGCGCCAACAAUUAUUGAUGCUCGAAAAGAAGGAAGAGUUUUUGCAGAAGAAGAUUGAAGAGGAGAUGAAGAAAGCGAAGGCUAAUGCUACCGGCAACAAGAGAUUGGCUAUGGCGGCUCUUAGACAGAAGAAGGCACACGAGAACGAACUUGAUAGGAUCGCCGGCACAAGAUUGACACUUGAGACUCAGGUGAACGCUAUAGAAUCAGCGAACUUGAAUGCGGAGACAAUGGUGGCAAUGAAGAAGGGUGCGGAUGCUCUCAAGGGUAUCCACAGCAAUCUUACGGCCGAGGGUGUCGAUGCUACAAUGGACAAAAUCAGGGAGCAAAUGGACCUUACCAACGACAUUUCCGAUGCCAUUUCCAACCCCGUGGGCAUGGGUAUUGUUCUUGACGAGGAUGAUCUUAAAGAAGAAUUGGAGGCUCUCGAACAAGAACAGCUUGAUGACCGGCUUGCAGGGGCAGACCGUGUCCCAAGUCACCUUCCUGCGUCACCCGUCGGGCAAACGACAGGACGAGCCGCAGUGGAAGAAGAUGAGGAUGACGAAGAAGCCCAGCUUCGUAAACUCCAGGCUGAGCUUGCCAUGUAACAUCUCGUCUUCUAUACGGACCAUAGUCACUCCCUCCACAUCAGACCUCACGGCGCUUCUUGCACCCAUGCCGCAGUAUCCGUCUUUCCAUCUUUUACGAUGUUGUUUCCUUCCUGGUUUGAGUGAUCUUCUGGCUCUUCCAUAUAGAGCAUGUAAUAAUAUAUCACGAUUUGCAUAUGCCG